UUUCAAACAGCUGCCGAGCGACGAACGACCAACGUUAUGAUGUUCAACGCCAACCUGGCAACGAGGGUGGGAGGGACAAAGAAAAUUUAAAUAACACAUCAACCUCGAACUGGGUCGACUGCCAUUUUCAAAACAGGCGUCCCCGUUCUGCGCAGGCGCGCUGACUUGACCCCACAGAGGUCGCGGUUAUGAGUCUCGUUAUCAUGUGUACACAUGCGAGAGCGCGACAGCCACAAUGCCGUCUUAAUCAUAAUUUGAGCUCUCUUAUGGAAUCCACCAAUCUGUGUAUGGUUUACUGAUCUCGCCUCAAGCAGACUAGCUUAGGAAGAUUCUGGACAUCUUCACAGUCAACUUUACCAGUUGCAUUUACGACCAGUCCCUAGGACUGGAACCUCAGGACGUGGGAAAAGGGUACAGCGACUCCAUCAUGGCUACGGCCAAAGCUGCCUACUACGAGCGCGAGCAGGAGGAGAUGGCGGAGAUGGAGAAAUCAAAUUCAGGCUGCACGCUAAAGAAGGGAGAACUCUACCAAUCUUCCAGUGCCCUGAACAAGCGCAGCAUGGUACUGGACGAGGAGACGUUCGAAGAGCAGUUCUUGCGUUGCCACGUGUGCAAGGACCGCUUCAGCACCGCACGCAUGCCCAAGCUACUGCCGUGCCACCACUCCUUCUGCGCCGUGUGCAUCACGCAGUUGUACGCUAUGGAGGCGCAGCAACGCCAGAACUUGGCGCCAGCUUACCGCGCCCUGCCGUCUGCGGUGACCAUCCACUGCCCGGCCUGCCGGGCUGGCUUCAUUACCACUGACGAGAACCUGGAAAAAUUGCCAACGGACCACCGCGUGGUGCAGCUGAUGGACUUUGUCAGCCACACGGAGCGCUACACCGUAACAUUCUGCUCCAAGCACCAUCUGCAACCGCUCAACUUCUUCUGUGAGCCCUGCAUCCGGCCCGUGUGUCGCGACUGCACGGUGCUGGACCACAAAGAGACCGACAACCACCUAGUGAUGGACCUGGAAGAAGCGCUGGGCAAGUACACUCCCGUGCUGGACGCCGCCAUCCGCGAGAUGGAGUCUGAGAGCGAGCAACUGGAGGGAAAACGCAUCGCCUUGGACACGGCCAUCAAAACCGUGGAGCGGUCGAAGGAGGAUCUUCUGCACCAGCUCCACGCCUCUUUCAACCGCGUGCGCAACGCCCUUAGUGAGAGGGAGAAGGAGCUGGAGGGGAUUGUCAUGAGCGGGGUGGACAAAGAAAAGGGCAAGAUGCAGGACAAGUCCCGGGAGUUGAGCGAACGGCGUCAGAAGCUGCUGAAGCACGCCAGCACACUGAAGGAAGCUAAAGCAGAGUCCAACGUCGAGGAGAUGUUCCGCGUGCACCAGGAGGUGCGCGACUACCGCGCCGGCCCUCCCAUUAAAGUGCGGGAGGUGGACGACGGCAUCAUGACGACCUUCUCUCUCAACGUGCGUGACGAGGCCCUGCUGCUGUCACGCAUCGCCAAUUUUGGCGACUUCAGCUCGCGGGUCGAGGCCACCUGCCCACGCAUCCGAACCGUGCGACCCUUCUCAUACAGAUCAGCCUCCACUUCCGGUAAUUGAUACCUGUAAAUAAAAGUAGGAAAAGGAGACAAACAGCGGUUGGUAUACCAGGAAGUGACAUAAAAAAGCAAUGCGAGCAGGAAAAGAGUUAAAAUCGUUCAUUCUUCUACCCACAGGUUAGCUUCGGGUAAUUAACUUCCUUUCACCUUUCACCCCAAAAAGGCGCCGAAAAAGGAUUGCAAGGUAAAUGAGUGA